UCAGUCACAGUUGUGUACAGUUGGAGAAUGCGGACAGGAGGGGUGGAGUUCACUGCGUUCACUUUUCAAAGCUCUUCUGGCUCAGAUGUAGCAGAAGCUCACUCUUUGCCCGAAAACCAGCAGCGCAGGCGCUGAUGCGUCCUGACGCGCGCGCCUGAUCGGGUGAAGUCCCUCAUCUCUCCGCUGCAGCCUUUAAUUAAACUUUACAUGCUGUUGCUGUAGCAUCUGGAAGCUUUGUCUGGACCGCGUGCCGCGCUCCGGUUCUCCGCCCUCUGCUCAUUGGGUUCUGAAGGGCUGACUCGACCAGUGGAGCUGGACCGGGUUCCCCGCAGCCAUGGAGGGAGACGUUAUGGAAAAAGUCGAAGCCACGGCCACAGUCGGUGACUUUGACCCCAACAGUGGCAGCAUUCCGGCGACCAAAGUGGAAAUCACAGUGUCCUGCAGGAACCUUCUGGACAGAGACACUUUCUCCAAAUCGGAUCCCAUGGUUGUGCUUUACACCCAGGGUGUGGAAUCCAAACAGUGGAGAGAGUUUGGCAGGACGGAGGUGAUAAAAAACACACUGAAUCCAGACUUUGUCAGGAAGUACAUCCUGGACUACUUCUUUGAGGAGAAGCAGAACCUGCGCUUUGACGUGUAUGAUAUUGAUUCUAAAAGUCCAGAUCUGGGAAAACAUCCCACCGACUUGAACGACUUCCUGGGUCAGGUUUACUGCACUCUGGGAGAGAUUGUGGGCUCACCUGCCAGUCGUUUGGAGAAACCGCUCGGAGGCAUACCCGGGAAGACAUGUGGAACCAUAAUCCUGUCUGCAGAAGAGCUGGGAAACUGCAGAGAUUACGCCACCAUGCAGUUUUGUGCAAACAAGCUGGACAAGAAAGACUUCUUUGGAAAGUCUGAUCCCUUUAUGGUUUUCUACAGAAGCAACGAGGAUGGAACGUUCACCAUCUGUCACAAAACAGAAGUGGUGAAGAACACUCUGAACCCCGUGUGGCAGCCCUUCUCCAUUCCUGUCAGAGCGCUUUGCAAUGGAGACUAUGACCGGACGAUCAAGGUGGAAGUGUAUGACUGGGACAGAGAUGGAAGCCAUGAUUUCAUCGGUGAAUUCUCCACCAGCUACAAAGAGCUGUGCCGGGGUCAGAGCGAGUCUAACGUGUAUGAGGUGGUGAACGCAAAGAAGAAGCUAAAGAAAAAGAGAUACAUCAACUCGGGGACGGUGUCCUUGCUGUCAUUUAAUGUGGAAUCUGAGCACACCUUCCUCGAUUACAUUAAAGGCGGGACUCAGAUUCACUUCACUGUGGCCAUUGAUUUCACUGCAUCAAACGGAAAUCCGUCACAAUCCACUUCUCUGCACUACAUGAACCCAUAUCAGAUGAAUGCCUAUGCCAUGGCCCUGAAGGCUGUCGGAGAGAUCAUCCAGGACUAUGACAGCGAUAAGAUGUUUCCAGCCCUGGGAUUCGGUGCUAAACUGCCACCUGAUGGAAGGGUGUCUCAUGAGUUUCCAUUGAAUGGGAACGUUGAGAACCCGUACUGCAACGGUAUGGAGGGGAUCCUUGAAGCUUACCAUCAAAGCCUUAAGUUAGUUCAGCUGUACGGACCCACCAACUUUGCUCCGGUCGUAAACCAUGUGGCCAGGUAUGCAUCCGCAGUGGAGGAUGGAUCUCAGUACUUUGUCCUGCUCAUCAUCACUGACGGAGUGAUAUCAGACAUGGCUCAGACCAAGGAGGCCAUAGUGAAUGCAGCUAAACUUCCCAUGUCGAUCAUCAUUGUUGGCGUUGGCCAAGCUGAGUUUGAUGCAAUGGUUGAACUGGAUGGGGACGACGUCAGAAUUUCCUCACGGGGAAAGUUAGCAGAGAGAGACAUCGUACAGUUUGUACCGUUCAGAGACUACAUGGACCGCACAGGUAACCACGUGCUGAGCAUGGCACGGCUGGCAAAAGACGUUCUGGCCGAGAUCCCCGACCAGCUGAUCUCCUACAUGAAGAGCAGAGCCAUUAAACCCAACCCCGUCCCUCCACCGUACUCCUCCUGCAACAACCCCGAGACCACCCCCCUCUGAGUCCCAUCGCCACCAAGCUUUGGAUCCAGAUUCACAGGAAGCUACGUCUGUUCUUUGAAGGGCAAAAGGAAGCUCUGCCCAUCGUCGAAGUGAGUUCUGGCUGAUCCAGAAAGGAUCCAUUUGGGUUGGAAGUGACAGACAGACUGACUGCUGUUGUGGAACCGGAUGAUGUAGAGUAUUUUAGCUCAGAGAAGAGAUUAAACGGACGGAGAUUGCUCUCUGAACUGUCAGAGAUGUAAUGGAUAGCAAGUAAAGCAGUGGAGGAAGGCCUGAUUGAAGGCGUAAAUAUAUUAGGAUGUUGCAGUCUGUAUGAUUUGUUGCAUCUUUUUGUUUAACUAGAACAUUUUGUGCAUACUAGUUAAUUUAGAAAGUCAUAUCCUGGUAGUUUUACAUCUUAUAUUUUGUGACAUGUGCAAACCAUCCCCAUUUCUACUUUAAUAAUAAGUGUAAUAUACGAGCAUGUGACUGAACCGUCCAACAAACUCAUUUUCACUCAUAGAAACAUUUGAGUGCAAGCUGCAGUGUAGGUGCGUGCCAUUUCUUAUUAGCAUUUUUAGUAUUUAUAAAAACAAAAUGCACUAAUCACUGUCCAAAAAAAAUGAAAUAAUAAAGCACAGAGUUCAUGAACUCAAAACCACAUUUUUUAAAAAGCCCAACCAAAAUGAAAAAUCUGGACUAGUUCACCAUGGCUUUAACUCACUUUUUUAAUCAGGAAGAAAUGUUUACGCAAAAUAUGCUAAAGCUAUUUGAUAGGAAUGAUUGUACUUCUCUGAAAUUAGAAAAAAAAAGUUGUUUACAUAAUAUUUAAUUAUUAGAAAAUUGUUUUGUUCCAUUUAAAGAAAAAAAAGCGGGAGGUAGAUUGAGUUUGUAAGAGACGCAUACAUGAUUUAAACGCUCAUUUUUCUUAGGUUCUUUCUUUAUUUCUUUCCUUCUUGUUUGUUUAUAUUUAUUUAUUUUAUUAUUUAUCCAUUUGUAAACUUGUACAAUUUACUAAAAUAAAAGUAAUAUUAUUCAUUAUAAAAUCUUUAAUUUUAAAUACUAAAUAAAACAGUUUUUGGUCUAAAUUUGAAUGAUAACUUUUUUUUAUAACAAUUUAUCUGUAUAUGCUUAUUUACCUAUUUAGUUGUUUAUUUAAUGUAAACUGGGAUAAAACAGUCACCAAAUUAUGCACUACACUACUUUUUUUUUAAAUAUACACAUACAUAAUAAUUUAUUGCUUUUUCUGUUUUUAUUUAUUUUUUAUCGAUCAGAUCCUGAAUUCAUUGUACAGUAAAAACAUCCGUUUGUAACUGACUUGAAAUCUGUUGGACUCACUGGAAUUAUGAUUAUUGUUUUAUUGUUUUACAGUUAUUGUUGCACAAUAGUUGAUUUCUUUAUUUGUAAAGGAGCAUCUUAUGUCAUCUCAACUCAACAAACAUUAUUAUCACAAGCUUCUCUCUUUCAAGCCACUCAAUUCUCAAUCCAGCUGUGCCUAAUGUAUUGAAACAUAUCCAAAUUCAGUUUGCAGGUCUCAUCGUCUAAAUUACGCUUGUGUCUCCAGAUUUUCUGCAGUUGUCGGUCUGCACCACCAAACUUUUUUAUAAACACAAACAUUCACCUACGCUUUUUCAAAUGAUGACAGCUCAAAGUGUCACGAAGCCUUUUUGAAAAAUAUAUAAAGUCAAGACUUGUUUACAAUUCAGCUGCGGUUGUUUACAUUGUCUCCAGGAUAGAGUUAACAUUUGAAGUUUUCAUUAUUUUAUUUCUAUGAAUUUUCUAUCUGUGGAUUGUUUGAUUAUUUUGAUUCAAAGAGUUUUAUGAGUUGAUUAUUUUUUUGUUUUUUAGAUGCAUUUUUACACGUCCAUCAAAUGUGUUUAUGCAAAUGUUUUAGAGUUGAGUGACUCCAAUAGUUCCGUAGAGAAUCAGUCCAAAAGUACUCAACAUUCAGAACAAUUUUUGACUUUUUUGUUGUUAGAAUUGCCAUCAACAAACACAUUUUUGUUUUGAAGGACAAUUUUUGUUUUUCUGUCAGCAGAGAAUAGAGAAUUUUAUUCUAAAUAGAUGCCAACAUUUACUUUUUUCCAUUCAGUAUCAUCUUACCCUUUAAUUUCAGUUCUGAAAUUUAGAAAAGCUAAAUCUGAUAGAUAGAAAGAGAGGAACACAAUGAUAAAGAUUCAAUUCCAAAACAGUUAAAACAUCUUUUACCACCUACUCUUCUAAGGUUAUGACAAUGAUUUAAUUUGUCUCUUAGAUUUUUUUUGUUAGCUACAUCUUCAUCGGGAGACAAAAACAUUUUUGUGGACUCAUAAUGAAUCUUAUGCAAUUGCAAAAACAGGAGAAUAAUUUGUAUUUUUUAGCAGCAGAAUGGUUUAUUUUUUUCUAGUGGAAAUGAAUUUGUUUUCAAAUGAGCCUGAACUCUAAAUAUGUACAUACGUUUGGAGAAUGUUCAGGGCCGACAUGUGUUCAGCUGUUUAUCUUUAGCCUCUAUAGACUACCGGUAUGUGCAUGUUUGUGCCAAAACAGCAGAGGUCGGGUAGUUUGAUUUCCCCAGAUUAGUGCAUCUGCCACAUGCUUCAGUGUUAGGUAGGAUGGAAUUUGGAGUGAACUGCCACCUUGAGCAUGUUGCAUCUCUGCAUUUCUUUCCAUUCUGUUCCUAUGAGACACAAACUGUAUGGGUUCGUAUUGCUCCUGUUUUAUCCCAGGUUGUUAACAUACCUCUCUUGGUCUCUGACUUGCAUGCUGAAUAAUUUCCAAACCAAGCGUUGGACCCGAUGUUGUCCUCUUACUGUGGUUUGUGAAAUGCUAUGUAAUGAAUUGCCUUAAUUGAUGAUUAAUAAAAUAUUGAUUACUUUGGCAGAAUUCAAA